CAGCUUGCCUCCUGUUUCCUAUAUUGUUCAGGGCUCCAGAUGCCACCCUUAAUGUGACACACGUCUAUUGUACCUGCAGGGCUGGGAUUGGCUACUGAGUGUGGGAACCUCUGCUCAGCCUGAUCCUCACACAUUAUUAUGCAAAGAGAGGAGUAUAAAGAGGGGCUGCAUCUCCCUGGGAUCAGAUAUCACAGGACACUCUCCCAGCUCUCCGGCUCCAUCACAUCCACUUACUAAACAGGAUGGCUCCUUACAGCGCUAGCAGCAUGCUCAAUACUGAACACUGUCACAAGGCACAAGGAAUAAGAAAGAUGAGAAAACCAGUGGUUGAGAAAAUGAGGAGAGAUCGGAUUAACAGCAGCAUCGAGCAGCUCAGGAUGUUACUGGAGAAACAGUUUGAGAAACAUCAUCUCCCAUCCAAACCAGAGAAAGCUGACAUUCUGGAAGUGGCAGUGAGCUUCCUGGAGCAGCACAUGGCUUCCAAAUAUGCACAAUCAUCCAGCCCAGCUCACACAGAAGGCCACUCUAUAAGUCUCCAGGACUCUCUGCAUUUCGUCUCUCCAAAGAAACACUCACAGUUUUCAGAAAAUCUUCUACACAAUUUCUAUGAGGAUCAUUCUGUGGCAGUCAGUCCUCCUCUAUCACCUUUGUAUCAGACCCCCACCAAAUGCACAACACCUGGGGCCAGCAAAGUGCUAUGGAGACCCUGGUAGACAUUUAAUGAACGUUCUGAGCAUCACCUUCAACUCCAGGACAUCCUGCAGGCUGGUGGUUUACUUGAUGGUUUACUUUGACUAUGUAAUAGAACAAGUGGUUACUGUAAUGGUGCAACACCAAAGCUAUUCUGUAGCUGUAUGAAUUAUAUCCAGGCAAUGUCUGGUGCUUUUUUAUGUGUCAGUAAGGACACUUUCCUAAGUGAUAUGAAUUGUCAUUAUUAUAUAAUAAUAUGCUUAUGGCACUGACCUCAAAGUACAAUAGAUGCUUUAAGAAGAGGUCAAAGCUUAUAGAUACUGAACAGAAGCGCAAACGUAUCUAUAUUUUACAAUAUCUGUAUCCUCAGUGAGGAGAAAACAUAUUCCUAAAUUUGGGUUAGGAAGCAAAACGGUGAAACUAGAUUGCUAGUUAUGACUUAUAUUCUACUAUGUGGUAUACUAUGUUCUUUAAUUCCCAGCACCCUAACCAUCCUAAAGGGUUGCUGGGAGUUGUAGUUUCUUACAGUAUUUGGAUAAUUGUUAUCUCUGUGCUGUGAAGAACAUUUGUGAAUUUGUAAUUCAUUUCCUACAAUGUAUGCAGUUUUAUUGCACUUAUUGGUAUAUUAUAUAGAUAUAUAAGUUAUGCAAUAUUUGCAAGUUAUAUUUGUGCCUGAAUGUUAAAUGUAUGCCUUUAUUUAAAAUGCUGCCAAUGGCAUUUCAAUAAAUUGAUUUUUUGAAAAGA